AUGGCUAAUGAAUGUUGCUCUAUCCAACUGAUUGACGGAGAUGGUGUAUUCAAUGUCACGAGUCUUGAACACUUUAUGAAGUCAGUGAAGUUGGCAGAGCAUGGAUUCUCCUAUGCUGUAGUUUCUAUCAUGGGUCCACAAAGUAGUGGCUAUGUUUAUUAUAAGGGAAGCGAUAUCACUUUCAAGAUGCAGAACGAAGCGGGUGAAAUGAUGAAUCUUUAUAUCCUUAGAAAAUGUUCUGCUACGAACAGACUAAUCACUGCCAAGGAUCACGCAUCCAUCCAAAUCAAUAUUGGACACUUGGAUGAUAAUGGAGUGUACACCGGCCAGUAUACCACUUUUGCUCUUUCUGGCUUUAUUCGUGCUCAGGGAAAAGUGGCAAGCUUGAACAUUUGUGAUGUUAAGUGUUCAGAUCAAUAA